CGGUGCUGGUUCAGAAGAGAAUGUGUGACAGAGUGAUGAGUGAAAAGUUUAUCUGAGGUUUCAUGUUUGUGGCUAUAUAUUAACCAGAUGUAUCCCCCGAAAUACUCCAAAUCGCAUCCAUGUGCUUACUACUGCAAUAAGAACUCCAUUGUCGCCCUAAACACGCUAUAUAUUUUUAUUGCAUUGCUGCUGAUUGGAAUAACAGUAUAUGCAAGGGUCACCGCCCAGAUUACAAACUUACCUAUAUUAGGUGGCGUGAUAGCAUGUGGGGUCUUCCUGCUUAUGAUAGCCAUAUUUGGCAUGAUUGGUGCCAUAAAGCACAGUCAAGUCAUUCUUUUUUUUUAUAUGGUAAUUCUUUUGUUACUGUUUAUCAUUCAACUGUCGGUAUCAGUCGGGGCUUUGGCGGUAACACGAAACCAACAGGAGCAGCUCAUGAACAAAGGCUGGGCCAAGCUUUCCCCCUCUUUAAAGAGUAAAAUUCAGGGAGUGAAGGACUGCUGUGGAUAUAAGAACUUCACUCAGCUAGAUGGCCCCAUGGGGCAUCCAGAUUGUAGCUUGCUUAAAUGCUGUAGUUCACUGGCCAAAGAGCCGUGUUCUGAGUGCACCAACUGCUUCGACAAGCUCAAGGACAGUGUCAAUCACUUGCUGAAGGUAGCUGGAGGAUUUGGGCUAUUUUUUAGCUUCACUUUGUUGUUUGGAGUUUACAUGACGUGCCGUUACAGAAAUCAGAAGGACCCCAGGGCAAAUCCAAGUGCCUUUCUCUAACUGAUACAGAAUUACUCCGACAUACUACACUGACUUCAGCAUACAUGACAACCAGACAAAUCCAUCAUCGGAGGGAUAACGACCAAACCUAAGGCUGUACUCCUGUUUUCCUGAAAGAGACUCAUCCAUUCUUUGACCAUAACUAGGAGACAUCUUGUGAUGAAAUAGUAUCAAGUGGAAGAUUUCAGGAAGGGCUGUGUUGAGGGAAAAAAUAUUAGUUGGGUUUAUUUUACAUGUAAAUACAUACCUGAAAUCGAAUGAAAAAAAAAAGCGCAGGACAACCCCAACUAUCUAAUGAACUGCACAUAUAGUAUAUAAGAAACGUUAGAGAUGUUGACAUGAGAUUCCCCAAUGAAUUAUUAAACUCUUGUUGGAUGGUAUCAGCUUAUGUAUGUUAGGAAUUCUACAGUUGCCGCCUCGCUAGGGCUUCAAUGUCUAUGUAUUUAUUUGCCUAUUUUAAUGUUGCAAAGCUGACAUAGAAUAGAUUUUUGGGAGUUUUCAAACUCAAACAUCAUUGUAAAACGCACUUCAAGUAAAACUAUCUUUCUUUGUUUCUCUGAAAUCCUCUAUCUUUUGCUCUUGUUAUAUAAUACCUAUUUCUGUAAAAGAUACAAGGAACAUAACUAAAUAAAAAAAUGCCAUAGCAUAUAGCAAAA